AAACUUCGGCUCGACGACAGUCCGGCAGCAACGUGCGAUCGGGUGGAGCCAGAGAGAACAAAGUGCGAUGCCUGGUGAAUAUUAUCUUGGUAGCAGUAUCUGAGAAAGUGUACAUAUCGAAGCUCAUUAUGCCAUUCAUUGGAAACCUCGAGUUUGAGGCACAGAUGGAAAACGAACAGCGUCCUGACCUGUUUUCGGAGACAUAUCAGUAUGAGAUGCUGCUCAGAGAGGCCUUCUCAGACUACUCUAGCUACUUCUACAAGAACUUCACCAGCAGAUCCUCAUCCGCCUCCUCAGCCUCAGGAUCCUUCGCCACAUCGCCGACCAAUGAAAAUGUAUCGAGCUGUGACGAUGAUGCAGAUGGGCUGCUUCUGUUCGACAAGUCUUUCGCAAUCUACCAUUGGAGAUUCACAUGUAAAGUGCUGCCCUAUAUAGCAGGAGGAUGCCACGAAAGCGUCGAUGCGUUCCGCAGAGCAAUAAAGUUCUAUCUAGACCAAAUCUCCAGGCAGCUCAUGUGCAGUAAAGAGAAAUUUAAUCUGACGGUUGAAAUGGAAAGCUACAGGGAGGAAUCGUGGAAUGAAGUGAUGAGACUGCAUCGUCAGUUGAAAUCGUACCAACUUUGCCUCAGAAACGUCACAAGUUUCACUCGACAAGUGCUGGAAGAUCUGUCAAUAUGCACGUUGACUAAAGUGCAAAGUGUGGAAAAGUUUUUUUGUAGCAUUAAAUCAACUCAUACUCUGAUUGCAAUUCAUGACAAGUAUUUGAAUCCCUCGGAGUUUGAGACUCAUGUGAACAAUCAACCUGCGUGCUACCUGGUCAACAAGCGACUUCUCACCAAUGAGCCGAAUGUUCUAAAAGAUCUGCUGUUGGCUAUUGUGAAUAUCAAGCGAAAACAUCGAGAUCUUUCGGGUGAUUGCACGAUGAGUCGAGGGAGUAAUUCGUCUAGUGAGAAAGCUGAUUGCGUGCGAAACCGUUGUCAGCGUUUGAAUUAUGCUUUACCAUCACUGACAACGACUCUGGACUCUCAACCGUUAAUGUUUCUGGGUCAGAAUGCUAAGUUGUGUUCUACUUUAAAGUCGACCCCGGAUGUCGGAGGCUACUCGACCGUGGACACUCCUACUAUAACCCCAUUUGAUACGGCCACAGGAACUGAUAGUACGGAUUCUAAAUCAAGCUCUAUGGAAAGAGUCUAUUUUCAAAACUCAGAUGCAUACUUGUUAAUUCUGAAUCCGAACCACAUCAGCAAAUGGACAAGGUUGUUUGAAAACGAUAAACCGCAAAAUUGUGAUCACAAUUUAACAGUAUUGCCUCCAUUCUACUCUUUCCUUCCCGAACUGACUUCCCUGAAGUACGAAGAAUCACCGACGCCGGAAGCGAAUGCCGAAGAACGGCGCGAAAGCCGGCAAAUAUUUAAUUUGGAAGAAGAUGACGAAUCUGCUCAUGUGCGUGGAAUCCCUCGAGCUGAACAGAUAAUGGAGGACGAUGAAAUGAUUUUAGUUUCGUUUUCAAGCGCUGUGGCAGAAUCUGUUCUGAAUAUCCCCGAGUUCAAAACAGUGGCAGUCAAAGCGUCACAAGUGCCGAGGUAUAAGUCAACGAGAGCCGAGUUUGAGUCGUUGUAUCACUCGCCAAUCGUUGUCGAAUCGGAAAGAGACAAUGGAGAGUCGAUUGCAGAAGAAGACGACGGCGAAGCGAGUAGUGUUGGAAGUGGGACGAUGGAGAACCUAUGUGACGAUAUGGGUUCCAUGGUAGUUCUUGAUCGACCGAUUGUGCUGGGCUUGUUAGAGGAGAUUGUGGAUCAUCUGGACAGUGCAGUUAAAGUGGUGAACUUGUACAUGGAAGGCUAUGAAAAUAGACACAAAUCGCCACUAAACAAACACUCUAAACAGUCGGGAGACACUCUUUUCAGCCACUGUGCCAAGUACCUCAACAUUCUAACGGUGAUGGCGGUGCAGUAUGCCAGAGACAUCUCCUUCAUCAUUCCAGAAAGUGCAAAUUCGGAACCAAGAAGGAAGUUUAGUAGUCUGUGCCUGAAGUUGGCUCAUGUGUUGAUGCAUUAUGUAAUGAGUGUGCUAAAUAUGGGAGCGGGGCAGAGAUCAAAGCAGAACUCAGUAGUGACUGCGUUCUUGAAACUGGUUGCUGGUGAAUCGAUAUCUCAGUUCUUCACGAGUGACGAAAGAGAUAACUUCAAAGAAGAGGCCAAGAAGAUGUUCAACAGCAUCUUCAUCCAGCAGUCAUCCCAACCAUCCCAGACUCAUUCCUCGUCCCGAGGAAGACUAACGCCUUCGAAGAGUAGCAGCAUCGAGUUCAGUAACAAAAGGACUCGCAGGGACGCCCGAAAGUUGAAAUCUGUGGCGAAGAGCGGGGUCCACUUCCACAAUGGACACAAUACACCAGAUGAAAGCCUGUACGAUGCAACGGACUCAGUUACGCCUCAGUCGAUGUCCAAUUUGCAAUCGAAAAGCUGCCAGAAUUUUGAUUUGUUAGACAGUUUUAGUGCGAUGACUUCAUCGAAUAUGACAGUUGUCGAGGAUAAUAAUAAUGUGGUGAGUCAGCAUGGCGACGCGCUGUCUAAUGAUGUAGAGGAUGAUUAUUGGAGUUCAUCUUCAGAAGAAGACCGGUCUGGAAUUAUUCGACCUGUAAUGAGCAAAAUGGCGAAGAAUCGAGAGGAACGAAAUGCGAACAUUAAGAUCAAAAUCAACCAGUUGGAAGAGCAGCUUAAACUGAAAUGUGCGGCAACCACUGGCCGAGAAGUGAAUAAGCCGACGAAGAAUCUAUCUGCUAGAAUAUUAGGAAUCUACGUUAACUUUGAGUUCAAAACAGGGCGUUAUCUUCCCAAGAGUUUGAAUAGAGUGAGCGAGGCUAUCAAAAAAGGGAGCGAUGUUUCAAUGGCGGUGAAGGACGUUUGUUUCGAUCGCACGAAAGAGGUAACAGAACCCAUUGAAAAGAGAAAAGUAAAAGAGUACAUUCAAGAGCUACCAACACAUACGCAAACUGAGUUUGAAAAUAGUAUAACAGAAGUUGAGAAUUUGAUGAAGCUUAAAAGUUGCGAACAUGUAGUAACUUUCUAUGGUGUGGCCAUUAGUCCAGGUCAUGUUUAUAUUUGUAUGGAGUUGUUUGAGCAGUCUCUGAAGACGCUUGCAAAAACAAGACACCACGAGAACACUUUUUCGCCGAUGGAUUUUAGAAUUAUUUUCAAACAAAUUGUGCAAGCUUUAAAAUAUAUUCAUUCCAGAGACGUAAUUCACAUGGAUAUAAAAGCGGAAAACAUUUUCCUGAAAGAAGUGAUUGGGAAUGAACAUAAUUAUUACUUAGCGAAGCUUGGAGACUUCGGUCUGACUGUCAAAGAUGGCCGUACGCCUGUCGGUUAUGGAACACCUGGUUUCUUCGCACUUGAGCUCUUCGUAAAUAGUAAAGAAGCCUCGACAAAAUGUGACAUUUGGAGCUUGGGUUGUACAGUGUUGCAAGUGUUUUGCAACGAAUCGAACCCACUUCGCUUCCUGGCACUCGGUCGUGUUUUGUCUCCAGAAGAAGAAGCCGAAGAGUGGAAUCUAGGUUGUGAUGCGAGUACUAUGUUCGCAAUGCAACUGUACCAAACUAGAGAAGUUCGCCUGCCGCAACCUGAUCCUCGAAGAGGCAUCACACAUGACUGUGUUGAUUUCAUAGAGAAGUGUGUACAAUGUGAUCCGAAGAAAAGACCCUCCGCAACUCAAUUAUGCAGUCACGCGUUCGUGUGCUAACAAACAUCACUACAGAGUUUACAAUUGUAUUUUUCUUGCUGCAUAUAUGGUAGUUGGAUCCCACCUAUUGAAAUGAUAUAUUUGAAUUCUUGAAGGAAACAGCACGUGGAUAUGUAAGCGUGUGUUCCUGAACGCUUUUGAAAGUAGUGGGAUCCAUUUUCCAUUAUUUUCUAGGAACCCAACUAUCAUACCUGUUCUUCUUUCGAUCAGACUUUGCUGGAAAAACGUCAAUAAUGUCGAAUGAUUGAGUUCAAUUUAACGGUUGCUAAUAAAGCGGUUGCAAUUUAACGGUUCAAAUUUAUUUGCAUUUCCGUAA